AUGGCCAAUGGCUUCCUCCCAUACCACGAACCCGGAACUAUCGAUAUCCUCAUUCUUAUAUCUUUUUUCUUUUUUCUUUCCCUUGCAAAAUGGGUCUCCGCGAAGAUACUACAGGCUGGUAUUAUAGGCCAAAUCGCCGUCGGUAUCAUUUACGGUGUACCAUUGGCCAAUAUCCUUAAACACACAUGGCAGGAGACUUUUCUCGCUCUAGGAUACGUCGGAUUGAUUUUGAUCAUUUUCGAAGGCGGUCUUGGCGCUCGUGUGGAUCUUCUUCAGCAGAAUUUCACUUUGAGUAUGAUUGGCGCGGCAACUGGCGUCUGCUUUCCUAUCGGUCUUUCAUACCUUUUACUUUAUCUUGGUUUUGGAUAUGGCGCGGUGGAGACCUUCAUCAUUGGCGCAGCUCUUUCCGCUACCUCACUAGGAACUACCUUUGCUGUGAUCAGUUCUGCGUCUGGCUCAGUGAAUCUCUCUCAGACUAGAGUAGGAUCAGUUCUUGUGAGCGCUGCUGUCAUCGACGAUGUGGUAGGGCUUGUCAUGUUAAGUGUAAUUGGUGACUUGGGCAAGCUUUCAGGAGACGGGAAUGUCAAUCUGGGCUGGCUUAUCGGGCGUCCUAUUGUGGCGUCGAUAGCCAUGGCCAUCGUUACCCCCGUCGUCACCAAAUGGUUAUUUGCGCCCUUUUUCCGAAAGUUCAUUGAAUACCAUUUUGCACGCUUCGACCAUGUCUCCAACAUCAUUCUUAUGAUCCUUGUUCUUUCGGCGUUCAUUGCCAUCGCUGGAUUUACUGGUACAUCUGUCUUGUUUGGUGCCUUUCUGGCGGGUGUGUUCCUUACAUACCUUCCGAGCAAGCGCCCCGAAGGACCGUUUGUCGUUAUGAGUCGUGAGGAGGGCGAGCGCGAGGCAGAUAAAAGUCCCACUUUCGUUCAUACGUUUGAGAAAUAUCUGUUGGAACCUCAGCAGUAUUUGAUGGAGCCUUUGUUCUUCUCAAGCAUCGGAUUCGCGAUCCCUUUCGUGCAGCUGUGGACGGGGAAGCGAAUUUGGAGAGGUGUGGUUUAUACCCUCCUCAUGGCGUUUGCAAAGUGUAUCGUUGGAAUCUGGAUCCCAAUAUGGCAACUCGCUCUCGGGGGCAAAUCCCCUAGCAAAGAAGAGUCAAAUGAGAAGCAGGAAGGACAGAGGCAACAUCAAAACGAGGAGGAGAAGAGGAAGAAUAGGAAGGGGAACACUUGGAACCGGGCCUGGCUCGCGGCGGCAGUCUUAGGAUCUGCCAUGGUGGCACGCGGUGAGAUUGGGCUUUUGAUUAUCGAAAUCGGACAUAACGAAACUCCGUACGUGAGUGAUGAGGGUUUCAUCACUGGCGUCUGGGCCAUUCUUCUAAACACCGUCAUUGGCCCAGUUACGGUCGGUCUCUUGGUUCGAUUUUAUGCAGGAAAAAUCGAAGAGGGUGAUUGGGGAUUGCAGGAUAGUACUAUGCCUGCCUCGAACCAGGAAACUAGUCACGGAGCAGUAUAG